AAUAAAACACUGGUUACUAGAAAAAGAUACAGUAGACUAAAUCCGACCCCCGGAGUUAAUCCCGAGUCCUCGACUCUUCGUUGAUCAUGCAUCAUGAGUGGCAUCACAAUGACCCUUGAUAUCGGCCUCGUGGGUGCAUGUACUUAUUAUUUACUCGUUUACUUUUGCUACUACACUGUACACACCUACACCAUAACGACCAAAACGACGAUGACACGAUUCUGACCUGCUGGAAGCACACCGGAACAUUGCAUCAUAAAAUUAUCACGACAAUGUCUCCUCCUCCUCCUCCAGUCUUUCCUAUAUUCCUUACCCCACCUGCUAAAGAAUCAUUCCCCGUCGUUCAGUCCGCUCAUGAGCACCUUCGACAUGCUUCAGACACGAUCCAUCAACACAGGUAUUCAUUGGCGUCGCAGCUGAAGGGGUUUGAUAGCCGUUGGGCGCACCUAUUCAGUGUCGCCCCAGUGCUCAAUAAAUUAACCAAAGGCAGACAACGACCAGAUGAAUUUCGUAAGAAUGCACAGGGCUUAGAUGAUGAUGUUCAGGUUGCACUCGAAGAGGCUCGGAAACGAAAAUAUUCCCAAACACGAUUCGCGGACGAGCAGGAUAGUAUCAUCCCUGGACCACCACCGUCAGAUACAAUAUAUUCGAAGGUUUCUAGGAAGGUGAAAGCACUAUCGUCGAUCCUGGAACGUGUUGAACGAGGCGAUCAAGUUCAACCUGGGGCAUCCAGGACAUCCAAAAGUCCACAUGUAUCAUCGAAAACAUCCAGUCAGUCGAAACAGUCGAAAUCUCGAGCCAAAAGUCCAACAAAAAGUCCAUCCGAACAAUCGAAGGCAAGAUCUUCCAAGCUGACGGUCAACCAAACUUCCACUCGACGACCUGCCAGGGUCCGGAAGAAGGAUUCACGACAUAGUAUUAGGUCUAUACGCAGUGCCAGGUCUAUGACUCUAAGGAGUUCUAGCCCUUUUCGUCAUCCGAAGCCCAAGCGUUCUUCACGCGACCGACUUCGAACUACCUCUGGUAGAGAAGGGGAACGGGAACGAGAUAGGGACAGGGAACGAGACUUAGGGAGAGACCGGGAUUACAGGCAUAGGGAAGAUAGGGAUAGAUAUCGGGAUAGGAAUAGGGAUAGAGAUCGUGAUAGUAGGGACAGGGAUAAGGAUAGAGACAGGGAUAGAGAACGAGACAGGAAUAGCAGGGAUAGGGAUAGGGAUAGGGACAGGGACAGGGAACGAGGGCGGAACAGCAGGGAGAGGGAAGCCAGUCGAGAACGUACAAGAGACACCCGACGUUCUCCACGAUCGUCUUCCCGUCACGAUCACCACCAUCGUUACAGCCCUGAGGGAAAAACUUAUUCGCCGAGAAACUUAGGAAACGUAGGACAACCACCUGUACCUGCUCCUCCGCAUCCUGUACUCUCCGCUCCUCCAGCACCAGUCAUCCCUUCGAAUAUACCGCCAAUCUAUGCUCGGUUCGCGAAUGGGCAUAAAUACGAAUAUGACAAUAAUGCUGACUUGGAACCAUUGCAGCCGCCAGUACUUCCGUUCGUUACUGAGCGGAUGGAAAGGAGGAGGGAAGCGAGAGAGCAAAACGGUAGGUCACCGCAGGAUCAAAAUCCAGACUAUCGUCGUGGUCAGCCCCCGCCUUCAUCAUACCCCCUACCGACAUCUUCAUAUCAUCCCCAAAAUCCUCAAAUCAUACCUCCUUCAGAUGGAAGGGGCAGAGGCCGUGAUCGGUCAAACAGAUCUGCACAUAGACGGGCAGGUUACAACGGUUACGAGAAUUACACUUACUCCUCGACAAGCACGCCUGUGAUCCCAGUCAUGGCUACUCUGCCUAAUUCAUCAUCUGACCCCAUAAACACGAACAUUGUGAUCCCUGCACCGUCUUCAACACGACACCUCUCUCGAUCACGGUACCCACCUCCCAGUAGCAAGGCUAGUCGUAGCCCGUAUCUACAUACACGAGAGGAGUAUGGGUAUAAAAAUGACCCGGUGCUGAGUAUCAGGGAGACGGCGGACACAGGUACGAACCCAAUUCCAAUGUUCGGGAUGGUCGAAGUUCUCGAAGUCCUCGAACGCAUUAUCCUCCUUCUCCUCAACCUACUAGGUCUCCUAAAUCACCCCUCAUCAUGCGCUCGAAAUUCAAAGAGAAUUUCAGUGUUCUCCAGUCCGAGUCGGGUCGGUAGGCAAUAUCUGGUAGGGAACAGUUUGAUGGUUCAAUUAGGGGUUUGACAAUCAGGGUAAAGUUGGAAUGGGAGUACGAGUGGUGGCUGAGAAAGAGAUGCAUUUAGAUAUAUCUACUCCAACUUGCGUUCUUAUCCAGAGUGCCCGUUGAAAUCUCUAAACUCCAGAAUAACCAAUUCUGAUUCGUGUUGCACUGACCUCACGGGCAGAGAUUGAAAUUAUAUACAUGGAAUUCCAAUUGAGAGCUAACAAUAAUGUAGGUAAGUACAACGGGAUUUGAGCCUUUUUUUCCUCCUUAUCGAUGAGCUGAUCGAUAAGCGUCUAUAAAAUACUUGCGUUUUACAGUAAUCGUCUACACUUUUAAACAUUGUGGCAGUUUCGAGAUGCAUAGCCCUUUCGCUUAGAGAGCACCAUCCUUCU